ACUUCUUUACUGUUUGUCCAGUAGUGGGCAGCAGUGAGGUUGUUGUGAGCCCUUCAGUUCUCACCUGGAGCUCCCUGUGCAGUAACCAGCCCUAGAGAAGGUACAGAGAGAACAGUAGAAGAGGAGGAGGGAGGCUGACUCCCAGGGACAGCUGGCCCCCAUCCAGCUGGCUGCUCCUGCCCAUCACUCAGUUUUAUGGAGAUAAAUGAAGCCCCUCAGAUGGGUCUCCCUGUCAUUGUGCACUGAGAGGGUCAUUCAGUGAGUAGCAGCCCCAGAGUCCCCCCAGCACACAACAAUCGGGGGCACCUCCUUUGAAGACAGUAGCCUGUGAUGAGUUGUGCCUUGUUUGCUGUGUAUCCUCCCACCUCCUCCUCCUCUCCAUGGAUCAGCCACACACCAUGGAGGGCAGCUGCAGCCCGCAACCUCACGAUCAGGAGGGCAUAGAGUCCUGGCUGGACGAUCACUGGGACUUCACUCAUUCCUACUUUGUUAGGAAAGCGACCAGAGAAAUGGUCAAUGCAUGGUUUGCUGAAAGAGUGCACACAAUACCAGCAACAAAGGAGGGAGGGAAAAGCAAUACAGAAAAUAACCAGCAGGCCUCUUCUUCUGAGACCACCAACCAAGGAGCACCGGUGAGGAAGAUCUCUGCUUCUGAGUUUGACCGGCCUCUCAGGCCCAUCGUUGUUAAGGACUCUGAGGGAACACUGACAUUUCUCGCAGAUUCCGAAAAGAAGGAACAGAUGCCUCUUCAAGCUCCAAGUUUAAAUAGUGCAAGUGAUCAGUGUUCACGGCUUCUGGAACUGGUGAAAGAUAUUUCAAGUCAUUUAGAUGUCACUGCCCUGUGUCAUAAAAUUUUUCUGCAUAUUCAUGAACUGAUAUCGGCAGACCGCUACUCACUUUUUUUAGUCUGUGAGGACAGUUCCAAUGAGAAGUUUCUGGUUAGUAGGCUUUUUGAUGUAGCAGAAGGCACAACACUGGAGGAGGCUUCAAAUAACUGCAUCCGUUUGGAAUGGAAUAAAGGAAUUGUCGGCUAUGUGGCAGAGUAUGGACAACCCUUAAACAUAAAGGAUGCUUAUAAGGAUUCAAGAUUCAACGCAGAAGUUGACCAAAUUACCGGGUACAAAACGCAAAGUAUUCUUUGUAUGCCAAUAAAGAACCACAGAGAAGAGGUGGUUGGAGUGGCACAAGCCAUCAAUAAGAAAUCUGACAGCAAUGGGACAUUCACUGAGCAAGAUGAGAAGGAUUUUGCCGCCUACCUGGCAUUUUGUGGGAUUGUAUUACACAAUGCACAGUUGUAUGAGACAUCGUUACUUGAGAACAGGCGGAACCAGGUUCUCCUUGAUCUUGCAACAUUAAUUUUUGAAGAGCAACAGUCAUUGGAGGUUAUCUUAAAGAAGAUUGCAGCAACUAUUCUGUCCUUUAUGCAAGCUCAGAGAUGUACAAUCUUCAUUGUGGAUGAGGACUGUCCCGAUACCUUUUCCAGUGUUUUUCAUAUGGAGUCAGAUGAGCUACAAGAAUUUGCAGAUGCUAUAAAAAGGGAUUAUGAUGUAAGCAAAAUCAAUUACAUGUAUGCCCAGUAUGUGGCAAACACCAUGGAACCACUCAACAUACCGAAUGUAAGCAAGGACAAAAGAUUUUCAUGGACAAAUGAAAAUGAAGAAAAUAACAGCAAGCAAAUUCAUAGUCUGCUCUGCACACCGAUAAAGAAUGGAAAGAAGAAUAAAGUGAUAGGAGUUUGCCAACUUGUAAACAAGGUGGACGAAAACUCUGGCAAAAUCAAGGCCUUCAACAGAAACGAUGAGCAAUUUCUGGAAGCUUUUGCAAUUUUCUGUGGCUUGGGGAUCCAGAACACCCAGAUGUAUGAAGUUGUGGAGAGAGCCAUGGCCAAACAGAUGGUGACAUUAGAGAUCCUCUCAUAUCAUGCAUCUGCUGCUGAAGAGGAAACCAUGGAGCUGCAGGUAACAGCGGGAUCUGUCGUGCCAUCUGCACAAUCACUUAAAUUAACAGACUUCUACUUCAGUGAUUUUGAGCUUACUGACAUGGAAACCACAUUAGCUACAAGUCGAAUGUUCACAGACCUCAACCUUGUGCAGACCUUCCAAAUGAAAUAUGAGACUCUGUGCAGAUGGAUUCUAAGUGUAAAGAAAAACUAUAGGAAGAAUGUAGCCUAUCACAACUGGAGACAUGCCUUCAACACAGCACAAUGCAUGUUUGCUGCCCUGAAGAGUGGCAAAAUUCAGAAUAAGCUCACAGACCUAGAAAUUUUAUCCUUGAUGAUUGCCACAUUAAGCCAUGAUUUGGAUCAUAGAGGGGUUAACAACUCUUUUAUACAGAAGAGUGAGCAUCCAUUAGCCCAGCUCUAUGGCCAUUCCAUAAUGGAGAAUCACCACUUUGACCAGUGCCUCAUGAUUCUGAACAGCCAGGGUAAUCAGAUUCUAAGCGGUCUCUCUGUUCAGGACUACAAGUCUGCACUGAAAAUGAUAAAGCAGGCUAUCCUUGCUACAGAUUUGGCUCUCUAUAUAAAGAGAAGAGGAGAUUUUUUUGACUUGGUUAAAAAGAAGAAUUUCAGGUGGGAUGAUUCAGCACAAAAAGAACUGUUUGUAGCUAUGUUGAUGACUGCCUGUGAUCUGUCUGCAAUAACAAAGCCCUGGCCAGUUCAACAACGGAUCGCUGAACUUGUUGCUACAGAAUUUUAUGACCAAGGAGAUAAAGAGAGACGGGAACUUAAGAUUGAACCAAUUGAUCUUAUGAACAGAGAGAAGAAAGAUAAAAUACCCAGCAUGCAAGUUGGAUUUAUUGAUGCAAUAUGCUUAGAGCUAUAUGAGGCCUUAGCAGAAGUCUCUGAAUUUUGUUACCCACUCCUAGAAGGCUGCUUAAGGAACAAACAGAUGUGGCAACUAUUAGCAGAGCAGCAAGAGAAGAAUCUGGUGAAUGGAGACAACAGCCAGCCAAAAACGAACUGUGACAUUGAAUAAGCAACACCAACUGCACCGUAGAGUCUUGUGGUACAAAAUAGUAUUACACUGUUUGGAAACCAAAAUAUAUUUUGCCACUGUUAUAUUUAUUAAUUUCACGUUUUCGUUUAAGGAAAUAAGAACAUGUAAAUGGAAUAUUUUCCAGAGAAGCAAUAUAUUUUCUGAUGUGCAUAACAUUACAUUUACCUGCUUGAGGCUCUUGGGCUUGAUUCUUUUUUUAUAUUGACCAGUGCCUUAACGCAUAGGUGCCAUUUUAAAUUAAGAAGGGCACCUCUAUAAUGUACUACAGCACAGUAAAUAAUUCAUAUAGCAUUUUACUGUAUAACUUUUUCACAUACUGAAUCAACUCGGGCUAAUACUGAAAACGAUGUAAGGCAGGAUAACAAAGUGGUUUGUUGCAAAUUGUAAGUCAUCAGCUAAGAAGAAAUUACAAGUCAUUGUCACAACUUGCACCAUUGUUUUAAAUGGCUUUUAAAUAACCACUUUUAAAUAAGUUUUUUCCUAAUAUAAACAUAUUGUUCAGCAUAAUUUACAUGGCUGUUAACUUUUUCUAAUAGCAUUUUAUAUCUCUUUAACUGUAAAAUGUAAAAACAUAAGAAUUCACAUAAGAGUUCAGCGACCAAAUAAAGCAAAAGGCUGCUGUGUAAAUGUAGUAAUGCACUUCACAGAUUAUCAACUUUUCUUUUUUUUUAGAAGGGUUUGUCAUUCUGUAUAACACAGUUACAAUAAGGCGUGUGAGUUAGAUCACUACUGUGUGAUUUUAAUUUCACUGCUCACAAGAAUGUGUAAAAUACUCUGGAUAUAGUUAAAGAUUGUCAUAUAAAUGAUAACUGCAGUAACACUGGUACAGUACUACUAGUACUGCACGUAUAAUCCCACUUGUGUAUAUUGCUUACAGUGACCACUAUUAGAUUUCAGCUGAUCAAAUGCACAUAGGAUGAUCAGCUCUACAGUGUUAUAUUGGUUGGUUACAUGUAAAAUAACCUGCUAGAUUUUGACAUCUGUUAUAGUGACACUGGGACAGUUCUAUCAUGAUGGCCAGGGUCACACAGACCAUUUAGGGGUUACAUAUGUAAGAGUGAUCUCUGACUAGUUACUUAGAAUAUAUUACAUAUAUUACUUCUUAUGGUGCUUGUUACCCCAUAGCGUAUAAUGCUACAGUGUGGAGAAAGUAAAAAAGUAAUUGUUUAGCCAUAAUAUUGCUGUCAAAUGGUGAAGAUGCUGCUCAUUUUGCUGAGAGCCUCCAUUUGAAUGAACAUCUGUCUCAUGUGAAUAUUUAUUGUGGUACAGAUCUGAAAGCAUGGAUUUCCAUUACCAGUAAUAGUGAAGCUAAACUUCAUAUACCACUAGGAGUCAAUGUUCUACUAGUAUAACUGUCCUCAUUGGGUGAUCAAGCUUGGUCUAAAGCCAGAUUUGAGGUUGCCACUUAGUUGUCAUUGUUUUACCAGGUUAUUCCUGGGUAGUAUGAUUAUUAUAUCACAUUCCACCAAACAAGUUGUAACUUCUGAAAAUAUGAUGACUGUUCUAUUUUUAGAAGUAGAGAACUAACAAAACCACAUACAGCUAUAUGCAAAAGUAAAAAAAAAAAAAUUGAGUCUUUGGAUCAACAAUUUAAUUUUAAGCUAUCAAAUAUAUGACAGACACAGUAAUAUUUCAGUAGUGAAAUCUCCAUCAAAACAAAAGUUGACAGGUACAUAAUUUUGGGUCCCUCAACAGAAUUAUCACAUCAAUAUUUAGUUUAGCCUCCUUUAGCGGAAAUAAUGGUCUCUUUUGGAUGAAGGUAUUUUGGACCAUUCCUCCUUGCAAAACAUCUCCAGUUCAGUUAGGUUUGAUGGUUGGCAGCAUGGUAGGCCCGCUUCAAAUCACACCACAGAUUUUCAAUGAUAUUCAGGUCUGAGGACUGGGAUGACCAUUCCAGAACACUGGACUUGUUCCUCUGCAUAAAUGCCAGAAUAGCUUUUGAGCCGUGUUUUGAGUCGUCAUCUAUUUUAUAUGUCCAGCCCUGGUGUAAUUUUAACUUUAUAAAUGAUUUCGCUGCAUUAUUCUCAAGUAUCUUCUGAUAUUGAGUAGAAUCCAUGCGGCCCUCAACUUAAACAAGACUCCCAGUAAUGGCAUCUCCACCAAAUUUUACUGUGGGUAACAAGUGUUUGUCUUGGAACACGGUGUUCUUUUGACACCAUGCAUAACGCCCCGUGUUAUGACCAAAUAACGUCAAUUUUGUUUCAUCAGUCCACAGCACCUUCUUCAUAAAUGAAGCCAGCUUGUCCAACUGUGCGUUUGCAUACCUGCUGAUCCAAACACCCAAUUAUUUAUAAAUGAAAAUCAUAGAAAUUGUCAGGGGUGCCUAAACUUUUGAAUACGCCUAUAUUGUUACUUGUCAUAUAAAGGAGUAGUGUACUGCAAAGUAUUUCUACUCCAUUGUGCCUGGAUGCAAAAAUAAAAUUUCACUCAUCUUACUGCAUUCCCCCGUACUGCUGUUACAGCUGUUUGGUCCUCCGGUCAGGUCUCCUUCCUUCUUUCGUGUACACUGAUUGUCACACGACGCUCAGCCUAUCACCAGCCAAGGCUGGACAUCGCUAUGGCCGGUGAUAGGCUGAGCGCUGUGUGAUGAUUCGUGCUCACGGAAGAAUACCAGACCGGAAGCCCUUUUUUUUUUUGCAGCCCAGGCACAACGGAGUAGAAAUACUUUGCAGUACACUAUUCCUUUAACUUUGAAUACUAUGGCAUGCCUGCAGCAUGGCUAUAUGCUAUACAGCUUUUUACCUCUUAAAUGAAACAUAUAAACCAGCGUGAAGCAGACCAAAUAUACUCACAAAUAGACUACAUUUGGACAAUUUAAGCCUAUUGGCACUUUUUAAUAGUACCUCUAAGUACACCAGCAACAUACAGCUAAAAACAUGAUGUGACUGCCUCCGAAAUUCUUUUGCAUAUAUGUACUGUACAUAUGGAUGUAUAGCAAGGCCAUUGGGCAGAAAAGUACUGCCAGUCUCUAAAUUGUACAUAAAUGUGACCAAACUAAAAGUAGGUAUAACAAAAUUUGAAGCAAGCAUGGUAGCACAGCCAUCCUCUCUAACAUUGGUUGAGUUAAAAAACAAUAUUUCAGUACUUUGAUUUAUUUUUAUAGCAAUGUUAGGGGAAAUCCCCUGUUUUAAUUUUUUAUACGUGUAUGUAUAUUACCAAUCUGUUAUUGUAUGCAAUGUCUUAUAAUGUCAGUAUAAUUUAAAUUGUUGUAUGUUUUAAAUUAAAAAUUCAGAAUGGACAUACAGUUGUCUUAAAAGGCAGACACAUUUAAUUGUAAAAUAAAAAACUGUGUCAUUGUAAGGCCCAACUCACCAUCAUCUGUGUUGCGAGUUUUGUCAUGAACAGAAACACAAUGCAGUGCUGAAUCCAAGAAAUAUACCUAGCGUACAUAUUCAUCUUCCAACUAAUGUGUAAAUACAUUGCAUUACUCAUCUUGCUCUGAUCCUUAGACUACGCCAUGUGCAGUGGUCAGCAGCUGUACAGUGUUGCCAGUAUUCCGAGACAAGGUUCUGGUAACAUGUGGCAGCUACACAAUUAAAACAUACUCACACUCAUUAUAAACUUAAUCUAGACAGUGUAAGCAUGCUCUAAAUUUAUCACAGUGGCUCAUGCUGUUUGAUAAGUUUGGUGUCACAUCUCUAGACUUGUAUCAUUUUUUAUGCCAACUUGAGGUUGGCCUAUGAAUUUGUCUAAAUUUUGGUGCAUCUUGGAGUACUUUAUACAUUUAAGUCAUACCCCUUCUUGCGAAGCAAUAACUUCUUUCCUGUUAAGCUACACCCCAUUGGUAAAAGUAGUACAUUAAGGGGCAGAAUGCUCCAAAAAUGAGCCAGAGAAAAUGAUUUUCAAAAAAAUCUCUAUGUGAAUGUAUGUUUUUAUAAUCACUUAGUAUUAUCUGCUUUAUUGAGGCAGCUUACAUAGUUAAGUUGCCUGUUUAUUGGCUCACUGUGUUAACAUUCGCAAUGUUCCAACAGUUCAGAUUUUAGAGAGACAAAUCUGUGACCGGAAGGGUUUAUGCAAACCCCACCCAAAAGUGACAUUUUGGUGGCGUUCCCAGAACUGGGCUAAAAUGUCCCAAUUUUGUCAAUUGAAACGUUGGUAAGUAUGUUAAUGGAUAUCAAAAAAACAUAAAUAAAGUGUUUAGUUGCCUAUCUUCUUAAGACAAUGAGUUUCUACUCUAGGGAAAUGGUGUAUUUCCAUCUUAAACAUUUUAACUAUAACCAUAAGAAAGGUGAUAGGUCCCUAGCCUAACCUUUCAGGAGAAUGGGAGUCAGUGGAGCCUUAACCCUCUCCAUUGAAGUAUGUCAGAUUUACAGAAAAAUUUAAGCUCUACUUACUCAGCUCUUUUAUAGACAUACUCCCAUAGACAUACCAUAACACACCAUUACUGUUUAGCUCAGUUUUCACUUGUUUCAAUAUUGUUACCAAGUUAAGUGUAGGGAGUUUCAGAAAGCAUUAUUUUCCAGUCCAGAAGACGCGCACACUUUAUCCAGGUAAGAAAUGUUUGUGCAGUUAUGAAUAUGUUCACACGUAUACGCUGUGGAUUUCACACAAGGAAAUCCACAGGUAAAUCGGCAGCAUGUAAUCAGUAAUAUAUUCUGUACCAAUGCUGGGGAUUUCAUGCUGAUGGUUAUAUUGUUCAUUUUAUGCUUCAGAUUUCAUGCUGUGUCCAAUAAGUGAAAGAAGAAUAAAGUGAAUAUUACAGCAGAUUGCACACUACAAAUUUACCUGUUCAUUUCCUUGUAUGAAAUCUGCAGCGUAUACACUACAUGUAAACAUACCGUAUUCUCGUAAAGUCUUAUUUCUAAUUUUGUAUAUAAUGUAGUGCAGUGUAAUGUUUCUAAUUAUUUAUGUGUAUAACUAUUUAUGAAGAACACAGAAUAAUUUCAUUUUAUUACAAACUAAAAACUAUUUUUUUUAUUAGCUCAAAAACAUAAAAUUGUUGAACCACAUAAAGGCACUCUACUGCAUGGUACACAGUCAUAUUUGGCAGUGCAGUACUAAAUCUUUCACUUAUUUGUGUAAUCUGUAGCUACUGCAGUGUGCCUCAAGGUGGCGUGCUCAUCAUCAAAUAUAUAUUUUCUUACAGACACCACAUUUUUGGCUGCACAACAUGAAGAUCACAAUGUUGCAUGCAACAUUGCAUCUAAUGACAGUCAAUGCGGUUGAAUUGUGGCUUGGGACAUAAUGUUACAUAACCAUUUCCAAAUAUCUGCUGGAUUUUGGAAUAAUGGCACUGCAGCAAGUUACAGACAAAUUGCAUAAAGUUGUUGGUCACUUAUCAUGUAUGUCUUGAUGUUGUGCUUGCACUGCAGCAACUAAUACAAAACAAAC